AUGAAGGUAUUUGUGUGUUUGUUCGCCUGUUUGGCCGUGGCCAAUGCUGGAAUAUUGGGUGGACUUUUGGGAGGAGGUGGCAAUUCCGGUCAUGGGCAUGGACACGAUCACGGCCAUGAUCAUUCAUCCGGCCAAGUUAUUAAAGUAAAAGUUGUAUCUGAAAAUGCCGGCCAUGGUGGUGGUUAUGUCAGCCACAAUGCUCCACAAAAAGUGAUUAAAGUAAUUCAUCAACAUUCCGCUGGUCACGAUCAUGGUCACAGCCAUGGACAUGCUGCCGCUGCUGCUCCCCAAGUAAUUAAGGUUAUUCAUCAGCAAUCCUCGCAGAGUGUAGGACAUGUUAGUUCAUCUGCUGCCGCUCCCCAGGUUAUCAAAGUAGUACAUUCUGGUGAAUCUCACUCUAACGGUGGUUAUAAUUACGGUCAUGCUGUUGAGUCUCAUGCAUCUGCUGAAAAAAUCAUCAAGGUUGUACACCAACAGGAAGCCGCCUCUUCUCAUGGUCAUAGCCAUGGUCAUGUCCACGCUCAAUCUCAAGCUCCUCAAGUCAAGACCAUUAAAGUUAUUCACUCAUCUCAAGGUCAUUCUGGCCACCAAGAACAAAACAAUGUUCUUGUACAUCAACAGGAAGUCUCUUCCCAUGGUCAUGGUCAUGUCCACACUCAAUCUCAAGCCCCUGUCAAGACCAUUAAAGUUAUUCACUCAUCUCAAGGUCAUUCAGGCACUGCCGGUGCCAGUCAUCAAGAACAUACCAAAGUUCUUCGUGUAAUUCACGAACAUGUCUCAUCUUCGGCUUCAGCUGAUGCUGGUCCAUCAACAUCCCAUUUGGCACCUCAAACCGAGUCUCAUGUUUCUCUUCCUGAGCCAUCAUACUUGCCCCCAGCUGCUGCUGAACCUGUGUACAAUGCUCCUGCUCCUCAGUUCAGUGCUCCUGCUCCUUCCACCUCAUAUUUGCCACCUGUAUAUGAGUCAGCCCCUCAAUACAAUGCUCCUGCACCAGCUCCUCAGUACAGUGCCCCUGCUCCAGCUCCUCAAUACAGUGCCCCUGCUCCAGCUCCUCAAUACAGUGCCCCCGCUCCAGCUCCUCAAUACAGUGCUCCUGCUCCAGCUCCUCAAUACAGUGCCCCUGCUCCAGCUCCUCAAUACAGUGCCCCUGCUCCAGCUCCUCAGUACAGCGCCCCCGCUCCAGCUCCUCAGUACAGUGUUCCCGCUCCAUCUAAUCAAUAUUUACCUCCUGUACAAGCUCCAGCACCCAACUUCCAUGCUCCUGCUCCUCAAUAUAGUGCCCCUGCACCACAAUACAAUGUUCAAGUUCCCUCGACAUCAUUUGUUGCCCCUGAACCAGUGCCACAACAUGUUCCCGCUCAAACCUAUGGACCACCCCAACAUUAG